AUGGGUGAAUCGCAACGCCUGAAUCCAGAUUGGAAAGGGGAGAGUAGAGAUUGUCUUAGGCUUGAUGAGUGUGGUACUGAUUGUCGUGGGCUUGAUGAGUGUGGUACUGAUUGUCGUGGGCUUGAUGAGUGUGGUACUGAUUGUCGUGGGCUUGAUGAGAGUGGUACUGAUUGUCGUGGGCUUGAUGAGUGUGGUACUGAUUGUCGUGGGCUUGAUGAGUGUGGUACUGAUUGUCGUGGGCUUGAUGAGUGUGGUACUGAUUGUCGUGGGCUUGAUGAGUGUGGUACUGAUUGUCGUGGGCUUGAUGAGUGUGGUACUGAUUGUCGUGGGCUUGAUGAGUGUGGUACUGAUUGUCGUGGGCUUGAUGAGUGUGGUACUGAUUGUCGUGGGCUUGAUGAGUGUGGUACUGAUUGUCGUGGGCUUGAUGAGAGUGGUACUGAUUGUCGUGGGCUUGAUGAGUGUGGUACUGAUUGUCGUGGGCUUGAUGAGAGUGGUACUGAUUGUCGUGGGCUUGAUGAGUGUGGUACUGAUUGUCGUGGGCUUGAUGAGAGUGGUACUGGUUGUCGUGGGCUUGAUGAGUGUGGUACUGGUUGUCGUGGGCUUGAUGAGUGUGGUACUGGUUGUCGUGGGCUUGAUGAGAGUGGUACUGGUUGUCGUGGGCUUGAUGAGUGUGGUACUGAUUGUCGUGGGCUUGAUGAGAGUGGUACUGAUUGUCGUGGGCUUGAUGAGUGUGGUACUGAUUGUCGUGGGCUUGAUGAGUGUGGUACUGAUUGUCGUGGGCUUGAUGAGUGUGGUACUGAUUGUCGUGGGCUUGAUGAGUGUGGUACUGAUUGUCGUGGGCUUGAUGAGUGUGGUACUGAUUGUCGUGGGCUUGAUGAGUGUGGUACUGAUUGUCGUGGGCUUGAUGAGAGUGGUACUGAUUGUCGUGGGCUUGAUGAGUGUGGUACUGAUUGUCGUGGGCUUGAUGAGUGUGGUACUGAUUGUCGUGGGCUUGAUGAGUGUGGUACUGAUUGUCGUGGGCUUGAUGAGUGUGGUACUGAUUGUCGUGGGCUUGAUGAGUGUGGUACUGAUUGUCGUGGGCUUGAUGAGUGUGGUACUGAUUGUCGUGGGCUUGAUGAGUGUGGUACUGAUUGUCGUGGGCUUGAUGAGUGUGGUACUGAUUGUCGUGGGCUUGAUGAGUGUGGUACUGAUUGUCGUGGGCUUGAUGAGUGUGGUACUGAUUGUCGUGGGCUUGAUGAGUGUGGUACUGAUUGUCGUGGGCUUGAUGAGUGUGGUACUGAUUGUCGUGGGCUUGAUGAGUGUGGUACUGAUUGUCGUGGGCUUGAUGAGUGUGGUACUGAUUGUCGUGGGCUUGAUGAGAGUGGUACUGAUUGUCGUGGGCUUGAUGAGUGUGGUACUGAUUGUCGUGGGCUUGAUGAGAGUGGUACUGAUUGUCGUGGGCUUGAUGAGUGUGGUACUGAUUGUCGUGGGCUUGAUGAGAGUGGUACUGAUUGUCGUGGGCUUGAUGAGUGUGGUACUGAUUGUCGUGGGCUUGAUGAGUGUGGUACUGAUUGUCGUGGGCUUGAUGAGAGUGGUACUGAUUGUCGUGGGCUUGAUGAGUGUGGUACUGAUUGUCGUGGGCUUGAUGAGAGUGGUACUGAUUGUCGUGGGCUUGAUGAGUGUGGUACUGAUUGUCGUGGGCUUGAUGAGUGUGGUACUGAUUGUCGUGGGCUUGAUGAGUGUGGUACUGAUUGUCGUGGGCUUGAUGAGUGUGGUACUGAUUGUCGUGGGCUUGAUGAGUGUGGUACUGAUUGUCGUGGGCUUGAUGAGUGUGGUACUGAUUGUCGUGGGCUUGAUGAGUGUGGUACUGAUUGUCGUGGGCUUGAUGAGAGUGGUACUGAUUGUCGUGGGCUUGAUGAGUGUGGUACUGAUUGUGGUUUACGUGUUGCCUGUUACUGA